CGAUAAGUAGGUGUAGGUCUAGGUACAUACUAGGUACCUAAGCACGUAAAUAGAGUAUCUAUUUCUUAAAGUGAGCUUAAAGUUUCAACAUGAACAAUCCGUGGAAGCUGAUCUUUGUUAUUUUAUUUACAUGCGAAGAAAUUAUCGCAGCUCAGCCAGCGAGCAAUGAUUCCACGAAAUACGAUCUUACUAAUGUUUUAAACGAUGCGAUAUUAAAACUACUCAAAAGUACUGAUUUAGUUGAAAAAUUGGAGUCGGAAAUACUCAUAAAAUCCACAAACCAUCGAAGAUGGAAUAUAAAAAUUAAUAAUACCCAAAAACUACGAUCGUUUGAAAAUACGAGUGCAAUCGAGAUAAGCACAAUGUUUACUUUCGGAUGCUCAACAGGUAGCCUAAUGUUUAGGAACCCGCCAAAUACGAUUCGUUGGGAAUUUCCUAAAAAUCGAUUCCAUAUGUUCUAUGACGAGCUGAAUUACUGGAUAGUAGGAUCCGUUCAAGUAUUAAUAAAAGAACCAGCAUGUCCUUAUUCUUAUUGGAAUUGCUAUUACAACAGCGAUUUUGAUGCAAAAGACCACAAAUACAAGAAUUACUCGAUUAUCGCAACAAACCUGUCAGCGAACCAAAGUUGCAAUGAAAAUAUCACCAUCAAUACAUCGUAUGAUCAUUCGGAAAACCCUCACGGCAUCAAACUAGAAAAGCACUCUGUAUUAUUAUCAUACAAACAACAUCUCAAGUUGAUGUACAUGAUUAGCUUGGAAUUACCAUCCAUAAUGCGCCGUUAUUUCUUCGAUGAAGGCAAUUUCAACGCACUAAUGGGCGAAAUGUUCAACCUGAACCCAAAACAGCAUAUCAUUUCAGCCUGUCCCGAUUUUUUGACAAACGAACAACGCUACUAUUACCUCCUACCGGACAUUUCUUUCGUCUACAUGAAUUUCAAAAAUAUCACCAUCAGAGGACUAUCGAAUUUUGAAUCGUACGCAAACAAUCAAUCGUGGAGUAAUCGAUAUUCAUCCUACGACCUUGUUUACACCCUACAAGUGAAGAAUGUUCGAGGACACAUGACUUUAGAUCCCGGAUUUGAACAUUUACCCCAUUUUCAACUGAAUUUCUUCAUCGGUAAUCUUGACAUAUCGUUUGUUCCAAAAAAAGGCGAAUUUCGUGUGGAGGCGCAGGAUUAUUCCAUCGUCGAAGACACUCUCCAGCCCUCCACAUUGAUAUCAUCGUGGUUGCCGGAAUAUUCAACAAGUAUUAUUGAGCUGAUCGAAUCAGCAGUGGUAGAUUCGUUGAUGCCAUCGAAAAAGGAUAAAGAAAAGUCAAGUUCAUUAUCAUCCGACUUCACACAAAUAGAAACUUCGUUCGUGGAACUUUUGAAAAAAUCUCACCCUCGGACAAGAUGAUUCCAAAUCUCGUAAAUUACAUUACAGGCAUGGAUCAAUCAGGUGGACACCUGGACAGAAAAAACAGACACAGCACUAAUUAAUUAUAAGCAACCAUAAUGUGUAAGUUUCCUGAUUAAACGAUUUAUUUCAUUUGCAGAAUAAUUUCCCCAGGUAGGUGGGUAAUUCUCAAAAAAAAGGUCAACUUUGAAGUGCAUAAUUUUGAAAAGCAAAAAUCAUUUUUUUUUGGAAAAUUUCAAGUGGGAAUCAUUUGUAUAGGUGUCUCAGAUUCCGUUUCUAGUGUUGGCCUCAAUUCAAUCCCCCCCCCUGUGGGCCCUGAUCCCCCUAAAACGGCGAUAAUUAGGAUUCGAUAUGUCGUUUGAUAUGUUUUCGAAGUCGUAGAAUUCGAAUCUGGAGUUAUUUUUUUUGUAGAGGUGGAGGGUGAGGCGUGGAGAAGAGGAAAAUGUCAAAUUUUGCUUAUAUUAUCGUGUAAUACGUCGACUAGCGCGAUAAAAGUACAUAGCCGAAGGACAAUCUCAACGUUUCUUCGUUUAAAGCCUUCAUUACUGGACAUCAUUUGAUUUUUAACACGAAAUAAAUGUGUACUUAUCAUAUAGAAUAACUUCCCUUUCUCAAUUAUCGUUUUCGGUUGAUUAGGGUAAAUAAAAACGCAAGCCGAAGGACACAGAUUUUUCUAAUUAUCAAAACUUCAUAGAAAAGUACGAUCAGAACAAGCUGUAAUGUAAUUUAAAAAAAAAAAAAACGGUGCGGAGUAACAUUUCUAUGAGAA